CCUGUUGCCUCUGUGACAGCACACACACACACACACACACUCACACUCACACACACACACAGAUGCUGCUUCAGUACUCUGUUAACACAAACCUGCUCAAAGGUGUAUUCAUGGAGUCGAUCUACUAUGGUAAGAUUAGUAAAGAGGUGACGGAGCGACUACUGGAGAGGUAUGGGAAAGAUGGCAGCUAUCUCCUGAGGGACAGCGAGAGUGUCGCGGGAGCACUGUGCUUCUGUGUCAGGAAAGCACCCUUUGUCCACACCUAUCGCAUUGAGAAGUCUCAACGAGGCUGGGCAGUAGAGACAGUGAGUGGCAGCAACCCUGAAUACUUCCAGAGCGUGAGCAAGCUGGUGGAGUGCUACAGGGCCAAGACCCCCCGCAACAUGGAGCCGCCGCUCUAUCCCCUGGACAAAGACAAACUCAGCGAGGAGGCUCUGCAAUCUAUAGGUCCAAGUUAUUGGGAAAUAUGACAACAUGAAAACCUGCCCCUGUGAAUGUGUGUGUGUGUGUGUGUGUGUGUGUGUGUGAGAGAGUGACAGAGAAAGAGAGAGGGAGAGUUUAUGUAUGUGUGUAUGAGAGAGAGAUUCAGAGAGAUAGAGAGUUUGAUAUCAAAUAAUUUGUAUAUUUGAUGUGUAGUAAAGUCUUCAGACUAAAAAAGUCCUCAGUGGCACUGAUAAUGUGAAAAUAUAUUUUACUCUAUUUUUUAAACAUUGUUUGUGUGU